UAAAUUGGUGAAUUACAUAUUGUAGUGAAUGUGAUUGUGUUUGUGUACACACUACACACCUUCACACCAGUGUUUAGUGCACACUGCAAUAUACUAUCACUAUCACUAAAAGUCAGCACUCACUCCUCGGCAGUAGAUUUCUAAAAUAUUAGUGAGGUCGCUACUCGCUAAGGAUAAGUUAAUUUUAUAUUUUCGUUAUGUUAUUUAACAAUCACUCAAUUUAACAGUUUCAAUAUCUUACCUAUCUAUUGUUUCAUUAGUUUCAAAACAGUAAGUUACCUAUUAAUCAUGUCGGGAAAGGACAAAUUGCCAAUAUUUCCAUCUCGUGGUGCUCAAACAAUGAUGAAAGGGCGUCUCAUGGGAGCACAAAAAGGUCAUAGUUUACUAAAAAAAAAAGCUGAUGCUUUACAAAUGAGAUUUCGUUUGAUUCUUGGUAAAAUUAUUCAGACAAAGACAUUGAUGGGCGAAGUAAUGAAAGAAGCAGCAUUUUCUUUGGCCGAAGCUAAAUUUACUACUGGUGAUUUUAAUCAAGUUGUCUUGCAAAAUGUUACAAAAGCUCAGAUAAAAAUACGCACUAAAAAGGAUAAUGUUGCUGGUGUAACAUUGCCUGUUUUUGAAAGUUACCAGGAUGGUACAGACACUUAUGAAUUAGCAGGUUUAGCUAGAGGGGGUCAACAAUUGGCCAAGCUUAAAAAAAAUUAUCAAACUGCAAUUAAACUUUUGGUUGAAUUAGCAUCAUUGCAGACAUCAUUUGUUACUCUAGAUGAUGUUAUUAAAAUAACAAAUAGAAGAGUCAAUGCUAUUGAACAUGUUAUUAUACCCAGAAUUGAAAAAACACUUGCAUAUAUUAUUUCUGAGCUUGACGAAUUAGAGAGAGAAGAAUUUUACAGGUUAAAGAAGAUUCAAGAUAAGAAGAAGAUUUCUAACAAAAAGAAAGAACAACUUAAGAAAGACAUGAAAGAAGCUAAUGCUAAAUAUGGUAACAUGUUGGAUGAAGGAGAUGAGGAUUUGUUGUUUUAAUUGAAGUAAUAUUAAAGAUAUCUUGCUUCUAAUAUAUAAUAUGAUUUAGGUUCUCUACAAGAAUA